GUCGUGCAGGAGGCGGGGCCUGGUGCGGCAGCCAUGCUGUCCCUGGACGAGCCGCUGGACCUGAAGCUCCCGCAGGGACGGGGCGGCCGGCAAGACCGGGCGCUGGGGACACCCCCCUCGAUCUGCGCCCCGCUGAACGCUGCACGCGCCCGCCAGCUCCGGAUGGCUGAGGACGGGACGGUGGUCAUCGUCCCCUCCUCCCAGGCCUCAAACCACACAGGUGUACCUGCACACUCCCCGGAGAAGGUGGAGCCCCCGACCCCCCCGCCUGUCGACCUCAGCCUGUCCCCGGCCUCCCGCCACGCCCCAUCCCCCUCGGAGAUGUCUGACGGCAGCGGGGCCUCCUCCCUCCUGUCCAGGGAUUCUGCCCAUGUCCGUUACCUGGAUGGUGGGGCCUCCUCCCAGGCCUUCCAGUUCUUCCUUCCUAUUGGGGCAGGGGGCGGGUUUCACCUGCCGUCCUCCAUGUUCAUUGGCCAGCCCAAAGAGAAGCGGGCCUCCCCUGAGCUCUCAGUGGACGACCAGCUGGCCUGUCGCUGGAUGAAGUGCCACCUGCUCUUCGACUCCCUGCAGGACCUGGUGGAUCACGUCAACGAUUUCCACGUCAAGCCCGAAAAGGAUUCUGGGUACUGCUGCCACUGGGAGGGGUGUGCCCGCAAUGGGCGGGGUUUCAAUGCCAGGUACAAGAUGCUGAUCCACAUCCGCACGCACACCAAUGAGAAACCCCACCGCUGCCCCACCUGCAACAAGAGCUUCUCCCGCCUGGAGAACCUCAAGAUCCACAACCGCUCACACACAGGAGAGAAGCCAUACAUCUGCCCGUACGAGGGCUGCAACAAGCGGUACUCCAACUCCAGCGACCGCUUCAAGCACACGCGCACGCACUACGUGGACAAGCCUUACUACUGCAAGAUGGUGGGCUGCCUGAAGCGCUACACCGACCCCAGCUCCCUGCGCAAGCACAUCAAGGCGCACGGCCACUUCGUGGCGCAGGACCCUGCCCCGCACGAGGCCGCAGGGGUGCUGCUGAAGGCGGGGGUGGGCGGGGGCGGGGCUGGGGGGAGCAAAGGGGCAGAGCUAGGCUACGUCAGCGGCGCCCACAUCGUCAUCCCGGGGGCGGCGGCGGCGGCGGCGCUGCUCGGGGGUCACGCCUUGCAGGGCCUGGGUGGCGGCCUGCCCCUUGCCCACCUGGGCCCCCGGCCGCUGGACCUGAGCGCUUUGGCCGCCGCCCAUCCCGUCUCGGGGCUGGGCGGGGCCCCUUUCUUCUCGCUCGGUGGCGGGGGUGCCCUGGGGCUGGCCAAGUCACCGCUCCUGUCGCCUGCCUUCGCCUCGUCCGCCCUUGGCCUGCCCGCGGCGGCGGCCCUGAGUGCGGGGAGGCGGGGUCACGGCCGCGCUGGGCGGGGCCGGGCCGGGGGGGCGGGGGAUGAGGACAGGGAGGGGCUGGAGGGGCUGCGGGGGGCCGUGCUCAACCUGUCCGGCGGGGGCGGCCACGACCCCCUGUCCUGGGUGGUCAUUCCCCCGGGGCCGGCGGUGCUGAAGCCGGCUGUGGUCAACUAAGAAACACAUUCCAGAGGCCGG